AUCAGGGCUGGAUGAGUCAGGGCGAAAGCUUAAAAGGGAACACUGAUGGCCUUUGAGCAGCAAGAACAAGCCCCGGAAAACAAACCCUCCUCCAACAUGCAGACCUCCCAAGCCGAUCAGGUCGCCGACUUGGCCUCCAACCCGCAAGACCCCGCCCUCGCGUCUACGACGUCUGAAGAUCAUUCGAGCAAGAUGGAGGAAGUGAUUGAAAAGACGAAAAGUGAAGAAGACGACGACGACGACAUUCAGGCACCGGAGAUUCUGUCUGCAAAGCGCUUCAUUCCCAUCUAUAUCGGCCUGCUUCUCGGCAUCUUUAUCAUCUCGCUCGACAACACUGUGAUCGCCACGGCGCAGGUUGACAUCGUUACCGACCUGGGCGGCGAGAACAUGAUUGCUUGGCUGCCGACGACGUUUCUCAUCGGACAAGGCGCCUUUGCCCUAUUUUGGGGACAGGUGCUCGCCAGUUUCGCCAGCAAGCACAUCCUCCUCUUCAAUGUCUUUCUCUUCGAGGUCGGCAGCCUCGUCAGCGCACUGGCACCCAACAUGGGUGCUGUUUUGGCCGGUAGAACUAUCUCUGGAGCAGGUGCAGCAGGGAUGAUGUCGGCAGCCGUCCAGAUUCUCGCCGAGACUACGACUCUGGAGCAGCGUGCGGUGUACAUAGGCAUGCUUGGCUCGCUCUUUUCCGUCUCCAUGAUCGCCGGGCCCCUCAUUGGCGGCGCACUCACAAAGGUCUCGUGGCGCUGGGUAUUCUGGAUCAACCUGCCGAUUGGUGGCGUCGCCUUUCUCAUUAUCUUCCUUCUUUCACCCACGACCAGGCCGCUGGGCUCAAGCAAAACCAGAAUCACCCCUCUUCUGGACCGCAUCAAGAAGAUCGACAUUGUCGGCUCGGCCCUGCUGGCGGUCCUCAUGUGCGCGGUCAUUAUCCCGAUCCAGGAGUCCUCCAAGACGGGAUGGUCGUCGUACAAGGUGUGGAUCCCAAUCUGCUUCUCGCUGCUCAUCGCCCUGACCUUCUACGGCUGGAUCCGAUUCAACGGCGAGGAGCGCUCACUGUUUCCCGCCGCCCUUCUCAAGGAUCUCAACCUCGUCGGCUGCGUCAUGACGAGCUUCCUCACCUUCUGGGUCAUCAUCCAGUUUAUGUACCUGAUCCCGUACUACUACCAGACGGUGCGGGGACACACGCCCACCAAGUCGGGCGUCGACAUGCUCGCGCUCAUGAUCACCGUCGGCAUCUGCUCGAUAGUCGGAGGCGUCCUGGCCAAGAAGAGCCACCACUACUUUCCGCAGAUGGCCUUCUUCCCGCUCCUCGGUGCUGUGGGGGCCGGCAUCAGCUACAUGACCUCCGUCACGACCGGCACGGGUCUCCAGAUCGGGUCGCAGAUUCUGCUCGGCCUGGGCAUGGGCAUGAUCAUCCAAGGACCCUUGCUCACGGUCCAAGCGAACACCGAUAAGCGGCUGAUUUCCAAGGCGACUGCUUUUGCCAUCUACGCGCAGCGAUUUGGCGGCGGCGUGGGCAGUUCCGUCUCCAGCGCCAUCCUGGCCGCUCAGCUUCCGGGCGCCAUUCGAGCUCACCUCCCCGCGGGCGUGGAUCCGAUCGCCUACGAGCACAUUGAGCCGAGCGCAAUCUAUGGCCUGCCUUCAGGGCCCACGCGCGACUCGAUGCUCGCUGCCCUCACCUCGGUGAUCGACAGAAUCUACAUCGUCGGCGUUCCCGUCUUUGUUGUCAUUUCGCUCAUCGUAAUCUCGACGCUAAAGAUCACCAACAUCGAGACACGCAAAGUAACCAGGAAGAGGGACAUUGUACGUCGCCUGGUCGGCAGCCAGCGUGCAUCUUCCAGUCCCGCAUGAGCUUCUCGGCGUCCUACAUCGACAUUGCCAGUGUGCUCGAGUGAAGCAGAUACUACCCGCUAUGAAC